AUGGCAACAAGUAAUCAUGGUGCAAACACGCACCCUUAUGAUAUAAAGACUUCCUACAAAAUUGACGAUCUGUCAAUUGAACAAGCUUGCGAUUCAUGUCGAAUACGAAAACUUAAGUGCUCAAAAGAAUACCCUUCUUGUACAAAAUGUAUACAGUAUAAGAGAACGUGUCAUUAUUCUCCCAAAACUGUCCGCUCACCUCUUACCAGAAACCAUCUCACUAAAGUCGAGGAACGAGUAAAGAAACUCGAAGCUCUUGUUCAUGAAAUUCUCCCAAAUCAAGAUAUUGAUUCUUUGCUCUCAAGACCAACACGAACAAGAGAUGUCUCCAAAAAGCCUCGCUCUUUACUUCCCGAUCAAACUGGCGAUGCAACCCCCACUCCCAACAACAACAACAACAAUAACAACAACAACAACAACAAUAAUAAUAAUAAUAAUAAUAAUAAUAAUAAUAAUAAUAAUAAUAAUAAUAAUAAUAAUAAUAAUAAUAAUAAUAAUAAUACUGGCACCGAUUUUGUUUACAAUGAAUUUUCAAGCAACUCGUUGGGAUUUACAAAUACACCUGCAAGGGGAAGCACAGCAAGUAGCUCAACAAGUCUGGUAAGCCUCGGAGCCAGCACUACAAAUAGCCCAAUGACUCUGAGUGCCCAAAACACUCGUCGCAACAGUGUACACCGACCUUGGCUUCCCUCAGAAGAAACUCCAGACGAAGCUGACGGUUUUGACUGGGUAGAAGAGGAUUUAAUUGGUAACGAGCUUACUGACGGUAUGGCUGCCUUGUCCAUUAACCCUAAAGGUACAGGGUACUUUGGACUUGCAUCUAGCUCUGUGCUUUUGCGAGCCCUACGCGUUAACUCUCUCGAACCUAUCGGUACUCCCUCUGUCCAGAGCCCAGAGGAAGAAAAUACAACCUCUAAUGGCGGAUACCAGCCAGAAGAUGUGUUUUUAAACCAAAACUUACUUAACCAAGCACAUCACUUGGCCUCAAAGCUUGUAACUGAUCACGUUAUGAAUGCCUUUUUUAUCCACUAUAACUCUUCAUACCCAAUCAUCCACGAGCCCACUUAUCGUGCACAAUACCAGGGCCUUAUUCCACGCCCCCGCGAAGACGUCUGGGAACUGCUGCACAAUACUAUUUUAGCAUUAGGCUCAUGGUGUAUCAACCGCGAAGACUCUAACGCAGACCUCAUUUAUUACCAACAAGCAAGAUCGAAACUUAACUCAUCGGUGAUUGAGACUGGCAGCUUGCCAUUGGUGCAGGCACUGACGCUGCUGUCAAAUUAUGUCCAAAAGCGCGAUAAACCCAACACUGGCUGGAACUACCUGGGAAUCGCUGUUCGUAUGGCUCUCAGCUUGGGUCUUUACCGCGAGUUCCCUAACUGGAAGUCCAGUCCUCUCAAGCUGGAAAUGCGUCGACGUGUUUGGUGGAUUCUAUUCAUGUUUGAUGCAGGCGCCGCAGUGACUUUUGGCCGACCCAUCAACCUCCCCAGUGGAGACAUUGUUGAUGUACACAUGCCACUCAAUAUAGACGACCGUAUGCUUACAUCCGACAUGCAGGAGGUCCCAAGACCUGUGCUUGACAGACCUACCCAAUACUCAGGCAUCAUUGCCCAGUGCAACUUUUGCUUGCUUACAAAUGGCAUCUACAAUAGAUUAAUUUCUAAGCCACAACUAUCUGCUGAAGAGUCACUUGAGUACAACAAGCAGAUUGAACAGUUUGUUCACGAACUCCCGCCUUAUUUCCAUGAAACGACGGGAGUUAAUGAUGUGAUGCAACCGUGGCUAGUGCUGACUCGAUAUCGCCUUCAUUGGCGCAUCAAAAAUUUCCAAGUGUUGCUGUUCCGGCCCUUUUUGUUGCAACGAGUACUGCUGGUUGGAGACCGGCCAGUACCUCCUAUGAUGAAUAGUGAGGCUGAGAAGGAGUGCCGGCGCAUUUGUCUCAAAGCUGCCCGUGAGACUAUCACUUUGGUCAAAGACUUUGUCAACAGUUACCAGGACCCCCAGCAGCAAAUGUCGCGACUCGCAGUGUGGUACGGACUUUACUUUUUGUUUCAAGCAUCUCUCAUUCCCAUCAUUUGCUUGUCAUCUGAACCACUUUCUGACCAUGCGCGUGACUGGCUCGAUGAUAUUGAAAAAACUAAGCGUAUUCUUAUUUCCAUGACAGAAAAGAACAAGCUUGCUGUCAAGUUUUACGAUGUUAUUGAGCGUCUGCAAGAACAGUAUCUACAAUCUUCCAACAGGACACAAGGAAAUCCAGCAAAUCCCACCUGGAUGUCGGACAUUUACUCACUCAUGGUGGAUUUUAUGAAGAACCCACCCAUAGAUGAAAGUCUAUUUGAUAUUUCAAACGAUCCAAUAAUAAUGUAA